AUGGCCGACUCGACAGAAGGCUCAGGAUCUGAGCAGCAGCAGCAGCAGCCUAAGCGGAACCGAAUGGUCGAUUCCGUGGGUGAAAAGGCCCAAGAGGUCUUCAAGGAAGACUAUGCGCAGGCUAAAGAGCAUGUCGCCCACGCCGCCAAGAGCAAGGCCUAUCUCUACCCGAUCAAGGGAAUCAUCUACCUCCUCACCCACCGUUCGCUAUGGGCGCCAUUUCUCUCCAAGCUCGGUCCCUUGAUUUUCCUCUCCACAGGUGUCAUCGGUGGCAUGUUCGCAUUCACAUAUCUUCCCCAGCUCGCCGUUCUCGUCUUUGUCAACGGACCACUCGCAGUUAUAACCACCAGUCUGCUCGUUCUCAACGAGAGCACCACCAUCAUCAACCUCAUUUCUCGAAACUAUCUCCUCCGGGAUGCGCUACUUGACACAUUCGACGGCACUCUGCUCGCACGUGGAGACACUCAGAUCGUGAGUGAGGGAAGAGAGGUCAAAUCUGGCAGUGAUCCGAUGCAGAAACUGGGCAAGGUCCUCAAGAGUCCAUUUGAACGAUUCAGCCCAAAGGCCAUCAUUCGUUACGUCAUGUAUCUGCCUCUCAAUGCCAUUCCUGUCGUCGGUACCGCGAUAUUUAUCAUUAUCCAAGGUCGCAACCGAGGUAAGGGAGUUCAUGAUCGAUACUUUCAGCUCAAGCGAUGGUCGGCUCCCAAGAGGUCGGAUUGGCUUAACAAGAACGUCGGCCCUUACACAGCAUUCGGACUUGUUGCCACUCUUCUCGAGAUGAUUCCGGUUGCCUCCAUGUUCUUUGCCUUUACCAAUACAGUUGGCGCUGCCUUGUGGGCUGCUGAUAUCGAAGACAAGAAUACCACCAUGACUGAUGAAACGGCCCCAUCCCUGCGAGAGACAGCCGAGAAGGCUGAGUAG